CCUGAUUACUUUUAAAACUAGAAUAAUGCUUUAGAUCUGCAACAGAUUGUUUUUGAGAAAAGAAGUGAAUACGAUCGUCUAUGAUUACAACUAGCCGUGGAUAGAAUUCUGCGUGCAUGGAAUGGCUGGAUGAUUUUCAAAUAUACGAAAGAAAGCAAAAUCUUGCCAUUGUGCUUUCAGUUUUUCAUUUGUUGAUUUUCAGGGCCUUUGAUUAUGAAAAUGCAAAUUUGGAAUUCGUAUCAAAGAAAUGAAAAAUCUAAUGAAUUUAUGGACCAUAUUAGCAUUCUUUCAUUUAAAGAACACCAUCCAUGAAACAACCAAUCAAGCCUCGGAAGAGGCUGAUGGUCUGGGUUUUCGUUCCAUUUCUUCAUUUUCAAUGUAAAUACACAACCACCCGUAGUAUCGUGGUGGUAGGGUUUAACCAUGCCAAUCCGAAUAGUAAGGAUAAUUCUGAUGCGUUUCCUAAGAGAAAUUUUUGUCAGCGAGGUAAUCUAAAAGAAGCUCUCAACGUGUUAGGUCAAGACAUUUCAUUACGGUCAUGUAUUCAUGUAUCUCUCCUGCAGGAGUGUCUGAAUAAUAGAUUCUUGCCCGAGAGUAAACUGGUGCAUGCCCACAUCAUUCAAACAGCAUGCCAAUGCAAAGACAUGAAUAUACUUAUGACCAUUUAUGCUAAAUGUGGUAAACUGGAUGAAGCUAGAAGAAUAUUGAAGCAAAUGAAUAAACCAGAUGUAAUUUCAAUGACGGUCAUCAUUGCAGCUUAUGCCAGGAGAGGGCAUGCUCAGGAGGCAUUGGCAUUUUUUUAUGAAAUGCAACAAGCAAACAUAAAACCCAAUCAGUUUACCUUUGCCAGUGUUCUCUCUGCAUGUGCUGACUUGCAGAAUUUGGAAAAGGGUAAGCAGAUCCAUAAAGACAUAAUUAGAAGUGGGUUUCAGUCUGAUAUUGUGAUAGGCAAUGCUCUUCUAGACAUGUAUGCAAAAUGCAAUAGCUUAAAAGAUGCACGCAAUGUGUUUGACAAAAUAACUCAACGAGAUGUGAUCACCUGGACUACUAUGGUUGCAGGGCAUGCACAGAGCGGGAACCUUGACAUUGCCCAGAAGCUCUUUGAUGCAAUGCCCGAGAGAAAUGUGGUUUCAUGGAAUGCAAUGAUUUCAGGCUAUGCACAGAAUGGAGACCUUGAUAAGGCCCUGGAGCUCUUUCUUUCGAUGCCUGAACGAAAUAUUGUCUCGUGGAAUUUGAUGAUUGAAGUGCAUGCAAAGAAUGGAAAUGGUGUGGAAGCACUAAGGCUUUUUCAGCAAAUGCAAAAGUCAGAUGUCAGGCCGAACUUGGAAUCCUUUAGAAUUAUUCUUCCAGUAUGUGCUGAUUUGGCAACUCUGAAACAGGACAUGGAGUUCUCUGAAGUUAUAAGUAGAAACGGUUUUCAGAUUGUUAGCAUGCUUAGUAAGCAGGGCCAAGUGAAAGAGGCCUUGCACAUCGUUGAUCUCAUGGACCAACCUUUACGCUUUUCUUUAUACUCUCAUUUGUUGCAAGACUGUACCAAGAAGCAAACCCUAUCCGAUGGCAAACAAGUCCACAACCAUAUGACAGCGAGAGGAUUGAAACCAAAUGUAUCAUUAGGGAACAUUCUUAUAACAAUGUAUGAUAAAUGUGGUAGCCUGGUGGAUGCUCAGGGAGUUUUUGAUCAAAUGCCCAUGCGAAAUUUGAUAUCAUGGACAGCGAUGAUUUCAGCAUAUACAAGGCAUGGAUAUAGUGAGGAGGCCUUGAUAUUGUUUUACCAAAUGAAAGAAACCGGCAUUCAACCCAAUCAGUUCACAUUUGCAAGCAUUCUCUCUUCAUGUGCUGAUAUGGCAAAUUUGGAGAAAGGCAAGGAGAUUCAUGAAGAAAUCAUUAGAAAUGAAUAUCAAUCUGAUGUAUAUGUGGGGAAUGCCCUUGUUGACAUGUAUGCAAAAUGUGGGAACAUAGAUAGUGCACGGGAUGUCUUUGAAAAAAUACUGCAAAAAGAUGUGGUCUCAUGGACAACAAUGAUCGCAGGUUAUGCACAUAAUGGUUACACUGAUGAGGCUUUUCAUCUCUUUCAGAAAAUGCCCGAACGGAACAUAGUCUCUUGGAAUGCAAUGAUUUCAGGAUACAUGCAGAAUGGACACAUAGAGGAUGCUCUAAAUCUCUUUCAGAAGAUCUCCAAGCGUAAUUCAGUCUCAUGGAAUGCAAUGAUUGCAGGGUAUGUACAGAAUGGUUAUGGUGAGGAGGCCUUGAAGCUUUUCCAAGAAAUGCAAUCGACAGAUAUGAAGUUGAACACUGAAACUUUUGUAAUUGUUCUUUCAGCAUGUGCUAACAUAGCUGGUCUACAAGAAGGAAUUGAAGCUCACGAAGUCAUAAUUAAAAGUGGAUUUCAAUCUAAUAUCUCUGUUGGUAAUUCCCUUGUAGGCAUGUAUGCCAAAUGUGGAAGCAUAGAGGAUGCAUUCAAAGUAUUUGAUAAGAUGCACGAAAGAGAUGUGGUUUCAUGGAAUGCAAUUAUUGCAGGAUAUGCUGUACACGGAUUUGGCAAGAAAGCCCUUCAACUUUUUGAAAAAAUGCAGCAAUCCGGUAGAAAACCAAACCAUGUCACCUUUAUUGGUGUUUUGACUGCAUGCUGCCAUGCAGGACUAGUUGAUGAGGGUUGGCUAUAUUUUCACAACAUGAAUCAAUAUUAUAACAUCUCACCUGUUAUGGAGCACUAUGGUUGCAUGGUUGACCUUCUUGGGCGUGCUGGCUGCCUGGAUGAAGCUCAAACCUUUAUCUACAACAUGCCAAUAAAACCUGACGCAGCUAUUUGGCUAUCUUUGCUUGGGGCCUGCAAGAUACAUAUGAAUAUAGAGCUAGGUGAAAAGGCAGCAAGACAACUUUUUGAUUUGAAUUCUAAAAACACUGCCCCUUAUGUGCUUCUGUCAAACAUUUAUGCCUCAGCUGGUAGAUGGGACAACUUAAAAAAUGUGCGGAAAAUGAUGAUAGAUAAAAAGGUUCAAAAAUCACCAGGCUGCAGUUGGAUUGUAAUCAGGAGACAGGUGUAUACUUUCCUGUCCAAAUAUACAGAAAUUUCAUGAUAAGCUAGAGAGAUUGUAAAGGUAGUUAAAGACAACAAGGUAUGUCCCUUGGCAAAAAAUUGCCAUUAAUGUUUCAAGAAGUAGCAAAAUUAAGAUUGUCUAUCAGAAUAUCAAGAAGCUGGCAAUCACAUGUGGGCAUAUAAACAAUUAUCAACAUCAGCAAGAACCUUUAAAGGUCACUUCCCAUGAUUGCUGAGCUGGUAUUUGAGUCUUGAGAUAUGCCAACUUACACCAUUUUUUGAGAGGGGAAAUUUUCAGGCUGUUAACGAACUUAACAGGAGAUUAGGGAGUUUCCAUGAAAAAAAAGGACUAACAUGUACUUAAAGCCAAUGCAAGAAAAGUUCAUUUGCAGUACAAACACAUGAUACAAGAUAGUGAUCCUGUUUUUUGAAUGUCAAAUUGCACCAAAUGAACAAAUAGAAUACGAGGGUCCUGGAGAAUUCCUCAUGCCGAGCAUUUUUUUUCUUCAAAAGGUAUAUUUCCUGACCAUAGCCCAUUCUAUUUGAGUUAGAAAUCAAAAGGCUAUACAUGCAUACUGAAUUGUGUUUCCAGCCCUCCAAAUGUUUA